AUGUCAUGCAUCAACCAAGGGUUGCCAACGAUAGUGUAUACGUUUGGUUACCGAGGCAAGGCUACAGGACCCGCUACUACGGCUGUUCUAAAUGCUUACAUAUCCAAGAAGAAGAGGAAUGUGAUACUGUUGGACUGGGAGGAAGAAGCCCAAAGUGGAUUGCUUGGAAUCCCGUUAGGAUAUGCAUUGAGUGCUGUGCCUAACGCUAAGAAGAUUGGAAGAGCAUUGGGCGACGCACUGACAAAAAUGACAGCAUCCGGAGUGAACUUGACGGACAUCCAUCUUAUUGGACAUUCUCUAGGAGCGCAUAUCAUGGGUUUUGCUGGAAAACGCGUCAGAGAGUAUGGCAACGUUAUCACGAGAAUUACAGGUCUUGACCCCGCUCGUGCACUUUUCGAAGGAGUUCUCGCUGUAUAUAGCGGUCUGGACCGCACUUGUGCCAGAUUGGUGGAUAUCGUGCAUUCAGAUCCUGGCGGCUACGGUAUUAGUUCUGCGGCUGGCACUGUGGACAUCUGGCCUAACUACUCUAGAAACGGUGUCACUCAACCUGGCUGUCCGCACGGCAAGAUUCAUAUGUUAAAACAGGAAGAUUUGUGCAAUCACGACCGUUCAUGGCACUUCUUCGUAGAAGCUCUUGGAGCGCCGACAUCCUUCCCGUGUGCAGCUGCUGAGAGCUACGAAGAAUGGAUCGCUGGGAAUGGUGAUGUUGAACAGAAAAUAUACCUUGGAGACCUGACCAGCAUGCGUGCCAAGGGUAACUUCUAUCUCAACACAAAGGCGGACUCCCCAUAUUCCAUGGGUGCAGAAGGCAUGAUACCAAAUGACAACCAAACCAGAGUACGAAGAAAUCCCAAUUUCACCAGGAUACUAAGAUAUUUUAGAUAA